AUGGGAAAAACGCCUCUCCUACUUUUAUCGGACGAUCUUUUCGAUGUGAUAGUUGACUCCGCUGUCGGUGAGACGGUGGAUUACUGGCCGUACCGAUGGGAACUCCUCUCAAGCUGCGCUCUGGCUUCUAGAGUAUUUUUACCCCGCUGUCUGCAACACUUGUAUUCGAAGAUAAAACUCCCAUUUGAUCUGGAUCCCGGAAAACGCGAGCAGAGGAUACGCGACCUGCACGCCAUCUUGCACGCCCGUCCAGUAAUUGCAGAUUACGUGCAAGAACUGCAUCUAUGUCUUCCACGGGGAGAAGCAUCAUGGACGUACGAGGAUAGCUAUUUUGUGGAAGUAAUGGGGCUGUUACGCAAUGUGAAAAAGCUGCGGUUGGAGGGAGGACCACAUCAGGAAAUACUUAGUAUGCCUGAUAUCUUCAUCCAGCGUUUCUUCCGCCCGUACAUUGCGCCCACUGUCAAAUCGCUUCACCUUGAAUGCCUAGUCGACGCCCCUACUCAGUUGGUGACUGAGUGCACUCAAUUGGAGGAACUCGUCAUGAUAUUCUGUAGCUUGGAUGCUAAGUAUCCUGGAGGAACAAUCACUCGCCCAUCGAUCAGAAAACUGGACUACAACAGCGCAGGCAUGGCACUAUCAGAACUUCUUCCAAAGGGACAAAGCGGAAGCUCUUCUCUUGUCGAUUUUUCGAAUUUACGCAGCCUCAAAAUUUACACUGACACGUUGCGAAAUCUACUUUUCGAACAAGAGGUAAUUGAUGCAUCACGAGGAGCUCUUGAGGAGCUGCGUUUCGUAGUUGAUGAAUGGCAAAGAGAUCCGCAGUUUCAAGCAUCCGUUUCCCUUCGCGAUUUGCCAAACCUGCAUAGCCUCGAAUUCCCUAUUUUUUUCCGGAUCAAGGUUGAAGAUAGCCUUAUUGAUAUCUGCAGCACUCUAAACACUAUUCCCGACGAGUUCCAGAGUCUAAAAAAUCUCUGCCUUCGGUUAUAUGUUGGAUUCACCUGCACCACUACCCCAGAACAUUUGUUGGAAUCCGACUGGGGCCCUUUAGCCUCCCAGAUCCUCAGGAUCUCAGCAGGAAGGUCGUUGGAACUGUCCCUUGACCUGACAUUUCAGGAUAGAAGCGACGAACCGGACACGCCAAGCGAUCUCGGCAGUCCCAAUCGAGAAGAUUUGGAUGGUAGAUGCCAAAAGGUUCUGGAGGAGCUGGUUCAAGGGCCGCUAGCUCGACUUAAAGAGAACAAUCAAAUAAUCGUCACUCUUUCCAGUGCAGUCGAGACUCCUCAUUAUUCGUGA